UGCAAAUAUCUUAAACACCAACUAAUAUGAAACAGAGUCAGUGAUAAAAAUAAUAAGCAUACAGAUGAUAAUAGUUUAAUAAUAAGCGUACAUAAAUGCCGUUUAAGGAGAUUUUCAAGAAAAAUGCGAAUAUCCGACCCGUAAAAAUGCGGAUAUGCGAUGGGGCUCUACGUCUUUAGGUUCUCCAAGUUAUCUUCUUUCCUACAAACUCAUCCUAUAACCUCUCUUUCUUCCACUGCUCUUCCUCCUCAAUAUAGCUUCCUCCUCCUCUUCAAGCGUUUUAAUUAUGCUUCUAAGCAAUUCCCACAUGGUUGUCCCCGGAUAUAGAUCCAUCCUCUCGCCGGGAAACUUCACGACGAGUCCGAGAUGUCCCUUAGACAUGAGGUUCCCCUCCCCUGGUAGCUCGAAGCGGUACGAUGACGGUGGAGUCGGCUUAGGCAUCGUCGCUGCGCUUGAGAAAUCUGGAAGCAUCAUGAGGCUCAACCGGCAAGAGAUCUCGUCGUCGAGACAAAACCCGGUUUACUACUCUGGUUCCGGUUCGAACAGCUCAAACCCGGUUCAUUGUCCCCGGAGAAAUCAGUUUGAGGCGGAGAUUGAACUCUCUGAAGAAUACACUUGCGUCACGAGUCGUCGUGAUGGCGUGAGCAAGGUUUAUUACAACGACGACGAGUUUGAGUUUCGUGAUGAUCGACCGGAGGGUGAUCGUCGUGAGCGGAGAUUGGACAAAUCGACGGAAACAGCUGAUGAAUCAGCGGCGAAGAAGAGAGAUGUGUUGAUGAGAGAUUCUCAAGAGUUUCUGAGUUUGUGUUGCUUGUGUAAGAAGAAACUUCGAGGCAAAGACAUUUACAUGUACAAAGGCGAUAGAGGGUUUUGUAGUAAAGAGUGUAGAUCGGUGAGAAUAAUGGAGGAUAAUAUAGACGCGCAACAUAAAUCGACAAGCAUUGAGGUUUUGAGCUCUCGGUGUACCGGAGGACAAGUUUCUCCAGCUGGAAUAUUCGUAAUAUAAAGGAUUUACUAAUUUAGAAUUGUGAUCAGCGUUGAUUGAUUAUACCCCCAAAUUCUUUUUUUUCCUUGUUUGUUUGUUGGUAUGAUUUUUUUCAUAAAGCCAUAUUAUAUUUACGCUUGUGAGUUUUUUCUAUAA